GGUGUGGCAACCUAUAUCAUUAAUGUCAAAAGCAGUCAUUCUGUCGACGUCUAUUCAUAUAAAAAUAUUGAAUAAUUCAAGUAAAAAAUCAAUUUUAUAUCGUGAAAACAGUGAAUUUGUGGCAAAUUGUCAAUUUUCGGGCGCACGUUGCACAUCACAAAUUGCCGGUAACAGAAGUCGACAAAAGAAGUAAUUUUGAGGGUGUGAGCAUAACCGACGCCAUUUUAACACAACAUGAGCACACGGAACUUAUGACGUAAUAGUCCUGCCUCCCAACCUCCGCGAGUCCUCUGAGUGAGUGAAGCCGUGUGCGCCGCCGCUGUGGACAAGACGCGCGCGCAAUAUAUGGACUGCGCCUGCGCACUCUGUACACACAUUCACGAAAAGUAGGGGUGGUCGAUGCCCCACGCGGCGCUACCUGCCUCCGCCAUGUCGGCCCCGCCGCGCCACCCACACUUCUACACCGUUGAGGUCGGCGACACACGCUUCACCAUACUCAAGCGCUACCAGAACUUGAAGCCCAUCGGAUCCGGAGCACAGGGAAUAGUAUGCGCCGCAUAUGACACGGUGACACAACAGAAUGUCGCCAUCAAGAAGCUAUCUCGGCCAUUUCAAAAUGUGACACAUGCGAAGCGGGCGUACCGCGAAUUCAAACUUAUGAAACUCGUCAAUCAUAAAAAUAUAAUCGGUCUUCUAAAUGCGUUCACGCCGCAAAAGAGCCUGGAGGAGUUCCAGGACGUGUACCUGGUGAUGGAGCUGAUGGACGCCAACCUCUGCCAGGUGAUACAGAUGGACCUGGACCACGAGAGGAUGAGCUACCUGCUCUACCAGAUGCUCUGCGGCAUCAAGCAUUUGCAUCUCGCUGGAAUUAUACAUCGGGAUCUAAAGCCGUCCAACAUAGUAGUGAAGAGCGACUGCACGCUGAAGAUCUUGGACUUCGGUCUGGCGCGCACCGCCGGCACCACCUUCAUGAUGACGCCCUACGUCGUCACCAGAUACUACCGCGCGCCAGAGGUGAUCCUGGGCAUGGGGUACACGGAGAACGUGGACAUCUGGUCGGUGGGCUGCAUCAUGGGCGAGAUGAUCCGCGGCGGCGUGCUCUUCCCCGGCACCGACCACAUCGACCAGUGGAACAAGAUUAUUGAGCAACUGGGCACUCCGUCGGCGGCGUUCAUGGCGCGGCUGCAGCCGACGGUGCGCAACUACGUGGAGAACCGGCCGCGGUACACCGGCUACAGCUUCGAGCGGCUCUUCCCCGACAUACUCUUCCCCAGCGACAGCAACGAGCACAACCGGCUCAAGGCGUCGCAGGCGCGGGACUUGCUCUCGCGCAUGCUGGUCAUUGACCCCGAGCGUCGCAUCUCCGUGGACGAGGCUUUGUUGCAUCCUUACAUCAACGUCUGGUACGACGAGGGAGAGGUUAACGCGCCUGCGCCGGCGUCGUACGACCACUCGGUGGACGAGCGCGAGCACACGGUGGAGCAGUGGAAGCAGCUCAUCUACCAGGAGGUGGUGGAGUACUCCGCGCCGCCGCCGCCCGCGCCGCACCAGCCCCCGCCCGACCACGCGCAGCCCGCGCUCACCACAUAGGCUCCAGCAGAGCUGACCGCCGAGAUCUAAUCGAGGAACACAGUGCAAGGACAAUCCCAUCCGCAGUGCACAGUGUUCCGGCGAUACUGUCGGCGCGGCGGGCAGAUACUAGUGCCGACACACAAUAACUGAUGUAUAUAUUUAUCGUGGAAUGUUAUGUGCAAUACUCGACGGAAUGAUACAGUGCAAACUAUAGGGCAAGCAUUUGACUCGUUCAUUGUGAAUGUCGCAGACGUUACGAUAUAACUUAGGCAGCAUAACAGAGAUAACCCGUAGCGUAGCUGAAGUAAUUUGUACUCUAUUAUGUACUGGUUUGUUUGUAUUAUUUUAAAACCCGUUAUGGACUUGUCUAUUUGUAGUUUCUUCCUGUUUCUUAUGAUAUAAAUAGAGGUAAGCUGUAAUUAUAAUUUACCAGUAUGGGACGCUUCUAAGAUAAGCUCAACAGUUUGAAUGCUCGGUUCCACGCGCCACAUCUGUAUCUCACGACUUUGGACAAUUCAUUUGCAUGGAGUGCCUUUUGCGAACUGCAAAUACAAAAAGUUGGUGAUUUCCUGCGUACGGACUGACUUUGAUAUGUUUGAAUAUUUUUGUAAUGAAAUACAUUAAUGGAUAAAUUACUUAAGUGAUUCCCAGUUCGAAGAUGCAAUAUUUUAUCGAUGAAUUUCUGUUUUAUGUUUUAAUAUAAUGUGUACGACGUAUUCAUAAUUAUUAAUGAUAAAGAGUUGAGCUUAUACUAUUUUAUUGUAAUAUAUUAUGUUCAAUUUAAUUGUGCAAUUAUUAAUUUUUAUUAUAUUUUAAUAUUAUUAUAAUUAAAUGAUCACUAUUGCAAAUUUCUUUUCGUAUCCCAUUUUGCCAAUAACUCGAAGAAUUUCUAAACGAAUUAUAAGUACAGUGCCAUUGACAUCGUUAUUGCCAUAGGUAUACCCCUGUACUCGUGUACUUCGUGUACUCGUGUACUCGUGUACUCGAGUGCGCGGGUACUAUAGUGACUUUGUAAGAAUUUGCAAUUGUGAAACAAAUAGUGAGUGAUUAAUGAUCGUGUAUUAUAUAAUUUGUUUCUUAGCCAUACACAUCGUCUGAUAGUUACUCGGGAUUUUGUGAUGUUCAUAGAUUUUUCGUAAGUAGGUCCUAGUUACGUUGUUGAUAAUAUUGUAUUGAGUGUACGAGAGUAGAUCAUUAAGUACAUUUCUACCUAAUUAGUCUCAUAUAGGUCACCUCACACGUUGCUGGAGAGAACUGAAACCGAAAUACGUAAACACAUCGAGUUCUCACACACAUAGUUAUACCAUGAUAUACAAGUACGCGGCCGGGUGCGCACGCGCAGCCCGCUAUGUAUUGACGUUGUUACUCCCAGUUCGCGGGAAAUAGUUAACAUAAGUGAAUAAAUACGUUGAUACUUGCCUCGAAACGUUCGCUUUGUAGAAACAUAUAAGUCUCGUUAGUGUGUAAUGGAGUCGCGGAGUAGUUCACGACUCACACAUAUUACAUAUAGGGCUCCACUAGGACAGGCAUCUGUAUCGAUGCGAACAUGACGUGAUUAGUCCCCUCUUCAUGAAAGGCUUAACGUGUGAGGGAUUCGUAGGUUAUUGUUUGAAACCUCACUAGGUGAUAUAAUUAUAAAUAAGGAUAAUAAAGAAUGAUGAUAGUCUAACGGAUGGUUUCAGCAAAUAGCACAAUUUAUUAGCUAUAGAACAGGACGGUAACAUGUUUGUGAUGCGCGCAUCAUUUUAUAUAAUCGUUAAAAUUGAUAGUACGAAAGCAAUAAUACAUCGUUUUGUAUUCUCCUUCGUGAGCGGUCAUACAUCACUGUUCAUUGUUUUAAUUAGUUCGCCUCGAGACAUAUCACGGACUACGGAUUUUAUUUGUGACAUGUUCAUGAAUGAUGCAUUGAUCGCUCGGUCGAUUCAAAUGUUGCUUUACUUUUGUUCCAUAACGUUAUAAGGAUUCAUGGUUAUAAAGAGUUAAAUAAAAAUAUAUUUUUCGUCGCUAUUGUCAAUUUUGCCACCCUCGUGUAUGUGUGACUUCCAUGCAAUAUACUUAGGUCUGUAAUGGACUGUCAUUUGGUAUUGUAAUCGUGACAGUGGGAGUUUGUACAUUUUAUUAAAGUUUGACUUCCUUGACAAUGGUAAACAAAAGCAAAGAAGGACUUGUUGGCAAAAAUAUUGAGAACAAACGAUGAUGGUUUUGAAAUGAAGUAAAAUAAAGAAAUUAUAAUAAAUUUGCGAGAGUAUACAAUAAUAUUAACUAUUUAGGUGUAGUGUAAAGUCUGUAAAUAUUAACACUUACUAUGUAUGGAACGAAAGUGAAGUAACCACGCUAUGUAACCUUAGAUCAUUCUGUUUAUCACUAUAGUAAAUAAAUACCACAACUGUACGUCCAAAUUGUCCAUUUAUAUGUUAAUGUACCUAUUACAAAUUACAAUAAUAUAAUCAUUAGAAUGUAUUUUAGUACACUUGGUGAACAAGGUGUUUAGGUAGUCGCCAGUUGGGACGCGAGCCGCGCGGCUUGUAGCGAUAUACAUACUUGAGUUAAACACUUCAAUGACUAUCUAAAAACAACUUAUUUUUACUGUACACGUAAGUUAUUUCAUAUUUUAACUGAAUAAAAUCGAAAUGGUUAUUAUA